AUGGCAAAAUCAAAAGCUGCGUCUACAAAGACCGGCCAGACCAAGCACCCUUCAAUUAUUCCAGCCAAGAGUCCACAGACUGCAACCAGCCCCGACCGUGGCGAUCAAUCCGGAAACACUUUACGACGAUCAAAACGUUUGCAAGGUAUGCCAGUACCAACAUUCAAUCCUGAGCUGCCGGUAACAAUCCAAGCAAUGCCUAGCAAAACCAUGCUAUCUGAACCAGGAUUGCCCUUCGUUAAAGUAGUGCCGGAUGGAGCUGUCUCAUUAUCUGACAGUGGUCCCACCCUUAUCGGAGCCACUGACAGUGAUGAAACCUUAGGCGAUCAUGCUUUUGAGGAGACACAGUCUUCGUCCACAAAGCCUGACAUCUCGACCAAACCCGUGCUCAAUGAGCCAGACAUUGACACUUUCAGCGAAUACAAUGGGACAGAUAAUGAGAAUAGCGAUAACUCUGACGCCGAGCAGAAUAACGAUGAGGGAAACAGUUGUCCCUCUAAGAAACCUUCAAGGUCUAAGCAAGACAAUCUUGGCGCCGCUUUGGUCAAAUCAAAAAAGCGCAAAGCAGCUACGUCCGGUGGAAAGAAGACUGCCAAAACAGCACUUGCUCCACCGCCGAAAAAGAAGCAGAAAGUUAACGCUCCAACUCCCAAGAGGCAACGCAAAGCUGGCAAUCCAAAAACCAAAACCGCAAAGGAGAGAUUCCUGGCAGCGUCCGCCGAAGACACACGUCCCUUACCAUGGGGUGAGCCUGAAGUGUGGGCAGAGACCCGUCCUGAGCUUUGCGAAGCUCUUCCUUGGUUUCGUUGCUGGCAGGGCGCUGGCCAUACUCAUGGUGGAUUUGUUUUUGGGAUGCUGCUUGAUGAGGACCAGGGUGAGCGUGCAUAUAUGGAUGAGCACGUCGCGAUUACCAGAGCGGGAGGCGGCAUUGGAAAGAACGAUUUGGGCGAGAUCUGCCAAAUCAAAGACCACGACUCGGAGAAUGGGAGAAUAAAAGCCUUCAUCAACAACGAGAAGGAGAAAAUACCUAUGCAUCUGAUUAUCGGGCAAAACAACAUUCAUUGCCCAUCGAGGAUCCCUCACCGAUACUGUGUGACCCCAGAUGUCCACAUCACAGAUCACUGGGACGAGAAGAGCAACGGUCAUGUCGUCGUCAAGUUCCGGUUCGAGAAAACGGACCUUAACAAAAAGAGUUGGUAUGCCGCUGAGGGUUCGCCAGAGUUUCACGUCCCCACCAAUAUCAAGGCUUUGCGUAAGGAAUGUCCUAAAUGCAAUGUCACAAAACCGCAAGUUUUUAUGUCAGGAUGGAUGUGCCUUAACGGCAAGUGCGUCUCAUUCUGGACGCUCAACGACAUCCUGGCGCCUGAGGCUCAGGAUUACAAUCCUGCAUUUGUCGAGGAGCGUCAGACUUUUGACGGCUUUAUACCACCAUAUGCAAUGAACCCCGAGCUGAUCCAGCCCAAUGCGACUCACGGUCAGGCUUUCCCUGCGACUAGACAAUGCUGGGAGGGCAUUGUCUGUAAGCUCUGCGGUCGAUGCAAUUUAAGACGACACUGGGAUGCUUGGAGGUGCCGCACUGAAGGCUGCCCAUUUGUGCAUAAGCUUCCGAUGGACGUGAUUCCAGCCUCAAGUGUGAUGGGAGAGGCUGGCUAUGGCUUUCAAGGUCAUGGCGUGGCCCAAGACAAGGUUUUGGAACCGAGUAUCAAUUGCGAAGUACGAAAGCAUGGCUUAUACCGCGAGUGUGUCUACCAGCUCGGCGAUGGGCUUAUUAUCACCCACCUCAACUCCAACAACGUCAUCAACAGUGCACCUGGUGGACCGGACGAUCUCUUCUGCCACUUACAGAAGGAAGAUAUUGGGCUCGAGAGGCUGCCAAUGAAACAGAGCGUUGUGGAACAAACGUAUUCGAGGCAUUUCAGUCACAACUUCGGGAUGCCCUAUAAGUACGUCGUGGGACACGAUAACUCAACAAGCCUUGCAGACGCUCCUGAUGGUAUCAAGGAGGCUGUGCGUCGUAUGACCUGGGCUGCAAAGCGCACCGUCGCAGAUGAAGAUUUUGUAGACUUCAACGAGGUUCUUGCGAUUGGAUACUUCGAAUCCAUGAAGAUGAAUGUUCGUGCCCUGUUCCGACCUCCGAUCUAUGUGUGCUAUCAUCUGGCUAAUCGCUCGCAGUAUCACGACGAUGGUGAGAUAUCGCUCGGUCCUACGGUCGCUUCGAUUUCAUUGGGCUGCCCAGCCAGGAUGAAGUGGCGCCUUAAGAUGAGAUACUGGUGCGGUUUCAAGGAUAAGGGGCGUAAACACUACGAUCCUAACCAGCCCAUCCUGCGCGGUUGUCGUAAACCUGAAGAGCGCCGCAAACUGAACGAAUUGGCGAAGACAGUGAGCACUGCCGAGCUUGAUGCGGCUGCUCAAGUGGCCUUGGCUUUUGACAAGGGAGAAUCGAAGACGCCUCCAGCGGUCUUAGAGUUGGACCUCCGACAUGGUGAUUACAUGGUGAUGCAUGGUGCUCCUAUGCAGGUCUACUACGAACACAUGGUCACACCUACCGACAAGCUACGUUUCGGCCUCACAUGCCGUUAUGUCAAGCCCGAGAUGGUCCCAGAAGACAUGCGCUCGAUGGGAGACCUGACUCUCGAUCCUGCGAACGCCUACGAUGGCGAUCUCGAGCUUUACAAGGAUCACAUGGAGAAGUAUGAGGCAGGGAAGGUUACGAAGAGGAGAAUUGCUUCUGUUGCAACUCAGGCAUGA